AUGAAGCCAUGUGACAUACUGACGUUCUGUGAGCUGUUGGGUCGCUUGAAGCAUCUGCCGCGAACCGGCUGGGUGAACAACGGCGUCGAACAUCCAGAGACCGUGUCUGGUCACAUGUACCGUAUGGCCAUGCUGUCGCUUCUGCUCGGCGACAACGACGAUUCCGGUUCGAGGACGACGCUGGACAAGACAAAGUGUAUGAUGAUGUCCCUGGUGCACGACCUGGCUGAGAGCAUUGUCGGCGACAUCACGCCGAUGUGUGGCGUCAGUCACGAAGAGAAGCUGAAAAGAGAAGAGCAGGCUCUACAGCGAAUCAUACUGCUGUUGCCCAAUGAAGUCGGCAGGACCAUGUUUGACCUGUGGAAGGAGUUCGAAGAAUGUUCUACGGCUGAAGCGAAGGCCGUUAAAGAUCUGGACAAAUUCGACAUGAUCAUGCAGGCGUUCGAAUACGAACGAACUCUUAACCGUCCAAACUUCCUUCAACCAUUUUUCACGUCAACCCAAGGCACCUUCCAAAACCCGACCGUUCUGCAGUGGGUCGCCGAAUUGGAGAAACGUCGAAGCGGUUGCGAGCAAGAAGGACCUAACUAA